GCAACGCUUUGUUGUAGACGUAUGUGUGUAUUAUUUUCAAUAGCUCAGCUGAAAACAGUUUUUGGUGACCAGCAAAGAAAAACCGCAAUUUGAAUAAAAGCAACAACAACGCACUGCGCACCUGGGACUAAGCCACUGAAUAUUGUUGUUGUUGUUUUUGUUGUCGUCGUAAGAGGCUAAAGAAAGGGGUCAACAUGUCCGCACCGGUAAUUGUCGAGGCCACGGUCAAGCAGACAGCGACGCUCAUUUUCAUGCACGGAUUGGGCGACACUGGUCAUGGCUGGAGCAGCGCCUUGGCUGCGAUUCGGCCGCCAUUCAUGAAGGUGAUCUGCCCGACGGCUCCAACGCAACCAGUUUCCUUAAAUGCCGGAUUUCGUAUGCCCUCCUGGUUUGAUCUAAAAACUCUGGACAUCGGCGGACCCGAGGAUGAGCCAGGAAUUCGAUCGGCUCGCGAUGAUGUGCAUGGCAUGAUACAGAAGGAGCUGAGUGCAGGCAUACCAGCCAAUCGGAUUGUGCUUGGUGGCUUCUCCCAAGGCGGUGCACUGGCUCUCUACUCGGCACUCACCUUUGAUCAGUCGCUGGCCGGCGUGGUGGCGUUGUCGUGUUGGCUGCCGCUGCACAAGCAAUUCCCAGGUGCCAAGGCAGCCAGUGAUGAGGUGCCAAUAUUCCAAGCUCACGGUGACUACGAUCCUGUGGUGCCUUACAAAUUUGGUCAGCUAAGCGCCAGUCUGCUCAAGUCCUUUAUGAAGAAUGUCACCUUUAAGACCUAUAAUGGACUGUCGCACUCCUCGUCCGACGAGGAAAUGAACGAUGUCAAGAAUUUCCUCACGCUCUCUCUGCUCUUAUCUUUUGCAGGACAUAAUCAGUAAAUGGACGCAUUGGGAGGGACAGAACAUGGCUAGAAGGGCACAAUGCUGCCAAAUAUCAUAGUAUCUAUAGGCUAUGAAAUGUAGUUGCAGUUCCUUCCACAUAAAACAAAGCUCCUCUACGCCCCUAGUCAAGAAACGCGCUCGUGCAGAUGUCUGAAACUAAAGAGAAUUGUAUUUUAGAUAUUAUUUUGUACAUACAUACACUAUUUAUGUAGUUUUUAGGCAUAUACCAUAUAUGAUUAGCUAUUGGAUGUCUCCACAUGGUGGUCUGACGAGAAGCAGAUUCGCUUAAGCGAAAUAAACUAAAUAAAGUUAUGUAACGAAAA